AUGAUAUUUGGAGCAGCGUCACAUCGUCCCGAAGGCAACGAAGAAAAAGAACCGAAUCCACCUGGUUCGCAUAAGUCGUCAAAAAGUUCAAUAACAACGAAGCAACGAAUCGCCGCACUGAAAAGGCUUGAAGAAGAACAAGCAAUUCGAUUGGACGUGUUGGCCAAGAAGUAUAGAAUAAUCGGUGCAUCUGAUGACGAAAGCGAUUCGACUAGUCGUGAUGAUAAGGAACGAUGUUCAAAAACGUCGUCAGUGGAUAAUACGCUUAAGUGGGCACGUGACUUACAGGACAUAUCGAAAGAAUUUUCGAAAAUCACAUUUAUGGACGAACAUUCAGUAUCAUCAAGUGAUUAUGAAAGGGAAGUUGUGAACACACUUUCCAGCGACCAAUUAAGAAGUAAUUUUCUGGCCUCACAAGUUUCCGGUCAGUCAAAGAAUAUCUUACGACCAUCUGUUCUGUUAGGCGGAAAAGCUGAACGUCAUUCGACGAAUACCCAGAAUGCGUCUAAUCAUCACCCCGAAACAUUCGAUUUUCAUCAUAAGGGUGCUGUGCCUAAAGACCGUACUUUUCGUGGAUUAUUUGGAGCAUUUGGUCAUCGUGGACUGGAAAAUUCAAUGAAAAGGUCUCGCAUUGAUGACGAUACAACGGUUAAGGAGAAAAUUAAAUUCAAUCCUCGAACAAACGAUCCUAUGAAUACACGUCAACCAGCUACAACAAACAGCAAGUUUGGAGAAAGUGAAACCCAUGCUCAAGAUUCGUUGAAAUUCCGUCGCAAUUGGAAUAAUUUUCAACCGCCAAAUAAUCAGCAAUCUUCAAUGGAUGACAUUCAAGAUCGUCUUUCAGCUCAAUAUCAUCAUCAAGUGAAAUCUAACAACGAUAUUGGCAUCGAUCCGACGUCAUUUGGUGGAAUACCAAACUUCAAUAAUACUAGAAUGCCAUCCACAUUCAAUUUCAAUCCAAGUCCUGCUCCGCAACUGAAUUUUGGAGUACAAGAAUCUGGAUAUGUUUCACUCCCACCAGCACAAUUAACCAGAAAUCAAAUAGCCUCACGACAUGUCUUCAAGGAGUUACCAGAUUUUGAUGGAAAACCAGAGGACUGGCCUCUCUAUCUUAGUGCGUUGAAAACUUCUACAGUGGCGUGCGGAUAUACUGAUACGGACAAUUUGGGACGAUUACAGCGAAGUCUAAAAGGUGACGUGCUGAGCAUGUUCGGGUGCCGUUUGGUACAUGCUAGAGCAGUACCGGGUGUCAUUGAAGCCCUACAUUUAAUUUUUGGUCGACCCAGUCUCAUCAUUCAUCAGUUAUUGAAAAAAAUUAAUGAAACGCCUUCACCACAAGCUGACGACUUGGGUUCGCUGAUAAAGUUUGCCAUUGCUGUGCAAAACUUGUGUGCUACGAUUGAAUCUUCAAAUGAUUUGGACUAUCUACACAAUCCGAUCUUAAUCCAAACAGUUAUUGACAAAUUGCCAACGCAGAUACAGUUGAACUGGGCAUACUUCAAAGUUGGUGUUGCAGUAGCAGAUUUAUCAACACUGGGUAAAUGGUUGUACCAUUUGGCACAGGUCGCAACUAGUGUCAUUAAUCCGUCCGCAUUAAAGUUCAUCGACAAAAGCAAAAAUGAUAGCAAGAAGAAAAAUCCGCAGCAAAAUCAGUACUCGAAUGCUCAUUCGGAAAGUGGUUCAAGCAAAACGUCGAACGACAAGUCAAAGUGUCCAGUUUGUGAAACCGCUUCCCAUAAAUUGGUGGAAUUUGGUACGAAAGUUCAAGAAAUGCGGACGUUGCUUCGAUGCAAAUCCAAGAAAAAGUGUGGAAAAGAUGGAUGUAACGCAAAUCAUCAUGUCUUGCUUCACAACACGGUUGCUAAACCAGUGGCGCAAAUUCCGGCAGUAACUGAAACACAAAUUGUUCCUCAUUCAUCCAAUGCGCACCGAACCGUGUCAGUUGGUGUAAAGAAUCCAGACAUUUUUCGUAUUGUUCCGGUGAUAUUGUCGUACAACAACAAAUCUAUCCGAAUCUUUGCAUUUUUGGAUGACGGCUCAAACUUGACAUCACUGGAGGAAAGUGUAGCUAAUCACAUUGGAGCGCUCGGUACAAUCAUGCCGUUGUGUGUUUUAUGGUCAAUGGGAAAAUCACAUCAAGUCGAUACGACUUCGAGGCAAAUUACCGUUAAUAUUUGCGGAACUUUCGACGAAGCGCAACAAUACACCCUGAAGCAUGUUCGUACGGUGAAAAAACUAAAUUUGCCGUCUCAGUCAAUAACUCAGAGUUGGCUCAAUCACUAUCCACAUAUGAAAGACGUUCCAGUCUCCACGUAUACUGAUGCACGACCACAGUUAAUUAUUGGUCUUCAGUAUUCGCAUUUAAUGGUGUCGUUAAACACGAAGGAAGGCGAUUUAAAUCAACCAAUUCUGUGCUGGACUCGUUUGGGUUGGACAGUGCAAGGACCGAACGAUCAAGGCGGUCAAAAUCAAUCCUCAAAAUAUGGUUUGACAAUGUGUGAAUGCCAGUCUGACGACCCUGAUCUACAUCGAUUAAUGGCGGAAUAUUUUUCCAUUGAGAAUUUCGGUGUCAAGGCUACCAAUUUGACACUCGAAUCAAAGGAAUUGACCAGAGCGAGACAUUUGAUGGAAUCAAUGAUCAUUCGACAAGGAAAUCGAUUUGUAUCACCACUGCUCUGGCGUACUGAUGAUAUUCACCUACCGAACAAUUAUGGAAUGGCGCUUAGACGUCUACAAUGUGUUGAAACGAAAAUGCAAAAAGAUUCGGUUUUGGCCGAGAAAAUGCGUUUGUACAUCGCCGAUUUCAUCCAAAAAGGCUACAUACGACGAUUGUUGGAUACAGAGCGAAACAUUACAACGUCACGCACUUGGUACCUGCCUAUUUUCCCCGUAUUUAAUCCCAAGAAGCCAGAAAAGUUUCGCAUCGUUUGGGACGGAGCGGCAAAGGUCAAUGGCCAUUCGUUGAAUUCAAAUUUAUUAGUGGGACCGGAUCUGCUUAUGCCACUACCAGACAUUCUACGACGUUUUCGUCAACGAAAGAUCGCUAUCACCGGCGACAUAAAGGAAAUGUUCCAUCAAGUUUUGGUGUGUCCAGCUGAUCAAGAUUCACAACGAUUUCUGUGGCGCGAUGGUGACAUAAAUCGCAAUCCGGACGUUUAUGUAAUGAAUGUUAUGACGUUUGGCUCAUCGUGUUCGCCGUCUAUUGCGCAAUGGGUAAAAAAUAAGAACGCUUCCGAUUUCAAGGAGCAAUUUCCACGAGCCUACGAUGCUAUCACACGUUCUCAUUAUGUGGAUGAUUUGAUUGACAACACGCAUACCGAAGAAGAAGCUGUUCAGUUGAUUCAAGAUGUACAGUUCAUACACCGACAUGCCGGUUUCGAAAUGCGCAAUUUUGCAUCGAAUUCUAAGGACGUUUUACGAUCGUUGAACAGUAGCAGUGAAAAUGUUGUCAAGACUUUGGACGAUAAAAUCAAUUUGACCACCGAACGUGUGCUGGGGCUCUACUGGAACACAGAACUGGACACCUUUACGUAUUGUUUGAAGUUUGUAAAGGUUCAUCCAGUCGACACUCAUCCACCAACCAAACGACAAAUUUUAAGUGCAGUGAUGUCAAUCUUCGAUCCUCUGGGAUUUCUGGCACACUUCGUGAUUUAUGUUAAAAUCCUUCUGCAAGAUAUUUGGCGCGAAAAGAUUGACUGGGACGAUAUGCUUUCGGAUGACAUGAAAAAUCGUUGGAGGUUUUGGCUGCAACAUUUGCCACAAGUCGAGAAUGUCCAUAUUCCUCGACUGUAUUCGCCAAGAAUUUCGCCUGUUUUACCAGAAUUGAUACAACUUCACGUCUUUGUGGAUGCUAGUUUGGAGGCAUACGCUGCAGCGGCGUAUUUCCGCAUCGAAAACAAUUCUGGCGUCGACAGCUGUUUGGUUGAAGCUAAAUCCAGAGUGGCACCUAUCAAACCAAUGUCCGUUCCACGUUUGGAGUUACAAGGAGGCAUACUUGGUACUAGACUGGCUAGUAGCAUAGUGCAGAGUCAUGACGGUCUACAAAUCGACAAACCAAUGUCCGUUCCACGUUUGGAGUUACAAGGAGGCAUACUUGGUACUAGACUGGCUAGUAGCAUAGUGCAGAGUCAUGACGGUCUACAAAUCGACAAAAUUAUUAUUUGGUGCGACUCAAGGACAGUGCUGGCUUGGAUAAAUUCCGAUUUGCGACGAUACAGUCAAUUCGUUGCAUUUAGAGUGGCCGAAAUUUUGGACUCAUCUCACAAAAUCGACUGGCGUUGGAUUCCUAGCAAUGAAAAUGUUGCCGAUGAAGCUACCAAAUCCAAGAAAAGUUUAGAUUUGGACAUGUCGUCGCGCUGGUUUCAAGGACCAGAUUUCUUACGUGAUCAAGAUUCCAAUUGGACCUUUGAAUUAGAGGAACCAGAAUUUAAAACGACAGAAGAAUUGCGACCGAUGUACCUGCUAUCACACAUAGAACAACCAGUGCAACAAGUUGUUGAGUUUGAACGAUUUUCCAAUUGGCGUCGAUUGGUCCGAACAGUGGCGUACGUUUUUCGAUUUAUUAACAACAUGAAAACGAAACGAGGACAACGAUUAGCUGGUGUUUUUUCGUCUAAGGAACUGUUGUGUGCUGAAUCGUUUCUGUAUAAGUCAGUUCAACAAAGUGCUUUUGGUGACGAAAUUGCCAUAAUUCAAUACAACGUUGGCGCAACGGCUGACAAACAAAAAGAAUUUCCUACGGCUAGUGUCAUCCGCACUACUUCAGCAUAUAUCGACGAUAUUGGCGUCAUGAGAGUUCGAGGAAGAAUUGACGCUGCGACGUCAAUUUCGGACACUAUGAAGCGACCGAUCAUUUUAGACCGCCACCAUUACGUUACUCAUCUGAUCGUCGACUUCUAUCAUCGCAAAUACAAACACCUAAAUAAUCAGACUGUGUUGAAUGAGAUCCGGCAAAUUUUUUACAUUCCACGACUUCGUGUGCUUCUCAAUCAAGUUCGUCACAACUGUCAGAUGUGUAAGAAUCGUUUAAUGAAGCCAAAGGUACCGGAAAUGGCUCCACUUCCAGAGGCGAGAUUGGCAGUACAUGUUCGACCGUUCACCUACGUUGGAAUUGAUUAUUUCGGCCCGAUGAAAGUGGUUUUUGGUCGUGGAACGGUAAAGCGUUGGGGUGUGCUGUUCACUUGUCUCACAACGCGUGCCAUUCAUCUCGAAAUUGCGCAUUCGUUGGAUACAAGUUCAUGCAUCAUGGCCAUCUACAAUUUUAUUGGACGUCGGGGUCAACCAAAAGUAUUUUAUUCCGACAAUGGAACUAAUCUGCACGGUGCACACAAUACACUGUCCGAAUUGCGCGAAGAAUUCAAGAAGCUGAAACAAGAUCGAAUUCAAGAAGAAUUUACAACAUCCGACUUUAUGUGGACUUUCAAUCCGCCAGUUGCGCCUCAUAUGGGAGGCAGUUGGGAACGAAUGAUCCAGACUGUGAAAAAGUGUUUGGAUGAAUCAAUGACGUCACGUUAUCCUACCGACGAAGUGCUUCAGAGUUUAUUUAUCGAAGCCGAAAACAUCGUCAACUCGAGACCUUUAACCUACGUUGCACUUGAUUCGCCGUACGAUGAAGUUCUCACACCGAAUCAUUUUCUCAUUGGAUCAUCGAACGGAUACAAACCACCUCACGACUUCAACGACUCGGAUUUGUUGCGAAAUUCAUGGCGAACGGCACAAGCUAUGGCCGAUAAGUUUUGGUAUGCAUUCGUGAUGGAAUAUUUGCCUACAAUUACACAACGUUCGAAAUGGCUCAAGAAGGUGAAACCGUUACAAGUCGAUGACGUUGUUUUGAUCGUGGAUGCUGCUUUCAAACGAAAUACUUGGCCGAAGGGAUUGGUUGUCGAAACUCACAAGGACAAGAAUGGCAUCGUACGCAGUGCUAAAAUCAGGACAGAUUUGGGAACUUUUUUGACCAGACCUGUAUCACAGUUGGUGGUGCUUGAUGUGCGCAAAGAAUCGGUCCAACAGAUUGAACUGGAUGUUAAGCUGAGAUCCACGGGCUCAGUUAACGGGGUGGAGGAUGUUGGACAGCACUGA